AUGGCCUCAGCGUACGACUACAUCAUUGUGGGAGGCGGCCUCUCCGGGUGCGUCCUCGCCAGCCGGCUGCGGGAAUACAAGCCGGGAUCUAAGAUCCUGCUCAUCGAGGCCGGUCAGGACACCCGUUCCCGGACCGAUAUCCUCCGGGCCGAUAUUCUCAACCUGGGCGGGGAGCUCGACUGGAUGUACCCGACUGAGCCUCAAGCGAGCCUCGGCGGGCGCAGCAUUGUGUAUAAUGCUGGCAAGGGACUCGGCGGAGGGACCCUUAUCAACUCGGGUGGCUGGACCCGUGGCUCUACUGCGGACUAUGAAGAGUGGGCGGCGGUCGCGGGCGACGCGAGGUGGAGCUACAAAGGCCAGCUGCCUUUCAUCAAGAACACGGAGGCGUGGUUCGACGAGAGCAACCCCGAGCAGCACGGCAAGGAUGGGCCUAUCUCUGUCGCCUCUGCGGUAUCGACAGGCCGCAAGUUCCCCUUGACCGAACCUAUCGCCGCAGCCUGGGAGGAAUUGGGCGUUCACGCCCUGCCCGGUCUCGACCAGAACACGGCUAUCAACUACUCCCUGGAUGGUGUCGAGGUUUUGACAGACACCCUCGUGAAGAAGGUUGUCCUGGAGAAAGCAGAGGGCGCGCCGAAGGCGACUGGUGUAGAGCUUGCUGACGGCAAGACCAUCUCCGGCACGGAGGUGAUCAUCUGUGGUGGCACCUUUCGGUCUCCUCAACUGCUGCUUCUGUCCGGUAUAGGCGACGCAGCUCACUUAAAAGAGCACAAUAUCGAGACGCUGGUAGACCUCCCCGAGGUCGGCCGAGGCCUGCACGACCACUUGUCGUUCUACCAAUUCUGGAAGCUGAAGAACCCCGAAAAAGGCUACACCAUCGGCUCAGCCAACCCUCUCUUCCAGCAACCCGAGUUCGCAAUGGGAAUUCCCCUCGACUGGAUUGUCGCGACCGACGUCCCCCACGACCAGCUCGCCAAAGCCAUCGAGCGGGACGAAGGCAAGGCGCCCGACGCAGCGACGCACCGGCUCCUCCGUGAGCCCCGGACGCACAUCGAGACGGUGGUGCUGUACGUCAAGCUUCCCAUCCCCGGAAUCCAGCCGGACGCCGAGCACCUCACCACCCUUACGGUUCCGUUCCUGCCAACCUCCCUUGGCAGCGUGACCCUCAAGUCUGCCGACCCGCAAGACGCCCCGAGAAUCGACGUCAACUUCCUAGCCACGGAGACGGACAGGUGCGUAGCCCGCGAGGGCGUGCACACGCUGGCUCGGCUGAUGCUCCAGACCAAGUUCGGGAGGGAGUACAUUGCUGGCGAGACGGUGCCUCCCGUUCCGGGAAUGGAGGCCGUGUCGCUUGAUGACAGCGACGAGAAGCUGGAUAAGCGCAUCUCGCUGGCUGGGGUGACAACCUGGCACUCUGGGGGCAGUUGUGCCAUGGGCAAGGUUGUGGAUGCUGAGUUCCGUGUCAAGGGGGUGGAUGGACUGCGCGUUGUCGAUGCCUCGGUCCUCCCCGUCCCGCUAAGUGCUCACAUUCAAGCACCAGUGUACGCGAUGACAGAGCAGGCCGCAGCUAUCAUUUCUGGCGCCGCAUGA